AUGUGGGCUAAGGUGAAGUUGAUAAACUACCAUUACUAUGGACAUUUUCUCUUCGGAAUCCUUCCAUGUAUGAUUGGUUUGGGUGGUCAACUACCUGAACUUCUCGAUUAUAUGAAUGACCAAGAAAAUAGUAAUACACCUACGUUCAAGCAUAGAUACAGCAAGAUGUGGGGUUGCGGUUUCGAUGAACACGAUGAAGAGUCUACGGAUCUUGCCGUCAUUAAACAGCAAUUCAUGCAUGAACCAGUUAUAAGUUCUUUCGCUUUUCCGCAACCUCCUUUAGGUAUACAGGCCAAAGACUUCGUGGCAACCCAUUUUGGUAAAGAUGCGAAGAAUAUGCAGUUCCGGAAGGGUACAACUACUUUGGCUUUCAUUUAUGAACCUGCCACAGCUAAUGACAAGGGUGGCAUAAUCGUCGCUGUCGACUCACGAGCUUCUUCUGGAGAAUAUAUCUCCUCAAAGUCAGUUAUGAAGAUUUUGGAUAUUGGUGAUCGUAUGGUUGCUACAAUGGCAGGAGGUGCUGCAGAUUGUCAAUUUUGGACGCGAACUGUUGCCAAGUACUGCAACCUGUUUGAGCUGCGAGAAAAGACACAAAUUACUGUGAGCGCUGCUAGCAAGUACUUUGCCAAUGUUCUUUAUGGAUAUCGUGGCAUGGGUCUAUCUGUGGGAUCCAUGAUUGCUGGCUAUGACAAGAGAGGACCCCAGAUUUUCAAAGUUGAUAGUGACGGUGACAGAUGCCAGUUGCGAAUGUGCAGUGUUGGAUCAGGUUCUUUGAACGCGUAUGGUAUCCUAGGAUACCCAUUACAAACCAAAGAUGACUGA